AACAUGCCCUUAAUUUCUGUAACUUUUCAAAAAUGUAUAUUAUAAAAUUAUUUAAUCAGUUUCGGUUUGAGUAAGUUGAUUAAGAAUAUUUUUUUAAAAUAUAUAUAUAUAUAUAUAUAUCUAUUAAAUAAAUCAAGCAGUUGAGAUCAAACGGUGAAGAUCAUCCGAAAUAUGUAACGUAUUAGAAGUCGUAUGAGACGAUACAAACAAUGCUCUGAAAACAAGAUUCACACAUCAUGAGGCCCAAUCAAAAUUCAACCGGUGAAAUUCAUCUGGGGCGUUUUGCCCAUUUUAGCUUUUUUGUAUAUAUACAUGCUUUCUCUUUUAUUCGGUUCAUGCCACACUGCAUUUGAACUUGAGGAGCGAAAGAGAAAGGUUUGCAAUUUAUUGUUUCUUUGAUUUUAUACUUAAUUUUGUAAAUGAUACUUUGUAUGACACCUUUGGUUUUUUUGUCAGAUUUUGUUAUUCUUUUGAUUGCAAUGGAGAAUAUUUUGGUGAAAGGUUGAAUUUUGAGUAUAGUUUAGGGGAGAACUUUGAAGAAUUCUAGAAUUAUAUGUUUUCUUUUUUUUUGGUUGGGGGGUUGAGGAAUUGAAGACACUGUGUUUGUUCUGAAUUCCAAAAGAGCUUGAUUCAUAGCUUUUGAAAGUCAUUGAGUUGGGGCAGAAGUUAUUGUUUUAAUAUUAUGGUGUAUAGUUUUGGUAUGGAAGCUCAUGACUUUAGAAGUUUUGUAGUUAGAAGUUAGAAAAUCAUUAGUGUAAUGGAAUUUAGGGAUUUUUUGCGGAAUGGAGAAUAUUGAGUAAUCAAAUAUAAUGUGUUUGUUAUAAAUUGCAAAAGAGAUUUGUUGAUUUGGGGAAGAAGAAGUUGUUUUAGUAAAUAGUUCAAUUUGAAUUGGGUAUUGGUGUUUAUUGUUUUGAAAUGGAAGGAUGUGGCUUGAGAACUUUUGUAGCUAGAAUUAGAAAUCUUUGGUGAGAUGGAGAGAAAUGAGAGAAAGAUUAUAAUGUGUUUGAUGUACCAUAAAAGAAAUGGAGUUUAUUGUUUGAAGAAAUAUUUUAGAGCUGAUGAACUUUUGAGUCACUUGGGGUAGUUGUUGGAACAAUGUUGGCAUUCAAUGUUUUUCAUUUGACUGAAUGUUUAAUUUGAGCAGGUAUAUAUUGUUUUUAAUGUUAAAAAAAUUAAAAAAAAAAUGGUGAGAUGGAGAUUACUGUAGAAUGGAUAAUUAGAUGUUUGUUGUAGAUUUCAAAAGAAAGGGAUUCAUAGUAUUUGAAGGAAAAAUUUUGGAGAAUUUUGAUUAUUGGAUUGUUUUUAUUUGCGUGUUGUAGUCUUUGGAUAGUAAUGUGUUCUAUGAAUGAGGAUCGAAAUCAAGAAAAAAAUAAUCUAAAUUAAUAAAUUAAUUUGUCUAAAUUAAAAAAAUAAUCAGGAAUUUUUGAUUACUUGUUAUUGUGUAUUUCGUUUAGGUUCAAAUCAAUCGAAAUUCUAAUUCAUGGUUUGUGUUGCUAUUUGUGUAAAAGUUGCUUUGAAAAUUUUGUAUAUAAUUUCUUGGAAUUUUUUUUCUGAACUAACUCAGUUAUAUUUCUUGAAUUUUGGUACUGUUACUGUAUUUUCAGUUGACCCUUUGAUUUUCUAAAUUAGAUACAAGAGGAUGCCAUUUUUCAGUGAUGAGAUUUACUAAAAAAAACAUAAUUAUGAAUGACAGAUAUCAAAAUCCCUUUCAUUUGCUAAUGAUGGUAUUGAUCACUGAAUUCUCCUCAAAGGCUUAAGUUUUUCAGAAAUAAAGUGUUUGGAGCAUCCAAAAUUUGAGACUUGAACCGGUACAGUUUUGCAGUAGCUAUGGAGGAGGCCGACUUGAAAACAGUGAGAGGAUGGGACAGAAUGGACAUUGAUUUACUGGUCAAUAUUUUCAAGCAACUGAACAUGCUUGAAUUGUUACCUAUUUCUCUAGUUUGUCGUGGGUGGCGCCGUGCUUGUUCUGAUGCUUGGCUUUGGGACACUUUGGACUUGGGGUUGUUGCAAUCGAACUUUAUUCCAACCAGAGCAUCACCAUUUGUUUUCGUUGAUGAACCCUCUGACCGGAAGCUGACUCGAGUACUGAAAUUGGCAUUCUCUCUCAGUCAGGGAAACAUCAGGUGUUUGGUUUUUCACUUCUACUUAUACAUGAAGGAUGAACACCUGAAUUUGAUUGUCGAAAGAUGCCCAGGUCUGAAGCGAAUUGUUAUACCAGCUUGGAACCGCCUGUCAAAGCCUGCAAUUUACCGGGCAAUCGAAACUUGGCAAGGCUUGGAAUCGAUGACAAUGCCAUGGUGUGCCGACCCAUCAGCUCUCAUGGAGAAAAUAAGCAUAAACUGCAAGAACUUCACUCAGCUUAAAAUCUUCGGUGCAUUCGACAUGAACUUAGCGGUCGCUGUUACGACUUUUCUCCCGAACCUCAAAGUCUUGAGUUUGCGCUGCUCUCGUGUUGACAAGAAAGCUCUGUUGUAUUUCUUGAAAUCCAUGAGAGGUUUGGAAGUGCUCAACAUUUCUCAUACAAUAAUGCUUGUCGAAGGACCUGUGAAUGGUGGAUCAGAUGGUGGAUUGAAAGUCAUGUUCAAAGAAAUCGAUCCUGCCAUUCGUGAAAAUACGGCGGGUUUGCGCAAAUUAUAUUUCUGUUCCAGCAAAGCAUGUCUUUGUUGCCAAAGGAUGAUCGACGAUGAAGGUAUGAUGAGGUGGUGGAAGUACGAGGACUGGUUUUGGCGCAUCGAUGAGGUUAGCUCUCUUGCCCUUGGUGAUACUGGCAAGCUGUUCGACGCUCAUUGUGCAGAAUUUGCAUUCCUAGACCGGCCUCGAUCAUGUUAGAGCUUUUGCCGGGAAAGACUUAUUAAAAACUCGAUAAUUAUCGCUUCUUGGUUUAUUGAUGUCGAUUGUGUCUUUAGUUUCAUGGACUUUGUUAUUUUAUGCAGUGUGAAACUGAUGGUGAACUGAUGCAGUACACAAGGAAGAGCCAUCGAAAACUCGAAAAUCAUGGCUUCUUGUGUUAUUUAUGUUCAUUGUUUCUAGACUUUCAUGUUCUAAAUGUUAUAACUUUUUUAUGUU